CAGCAGAUUCAGUUUAUAGAAGUGCUUAUAAAGCGAGGGGCCGUGCAGUAUUCCAAUAGUAAAAAAAUUACCGCGCAACAAAUUAAAAAAUGUAUUUAUUAAUAAUUGUCUUAACAAUUUGUUCUCCAUUUGUCACUUAUGCUCAGUUCGACUUAUUGGAAGGUGAAACCUGUGUCGCAAAAACUUUUACUGGCAGAUGCAGAUUAUCACGAAACUGUCCAUCAGUUUUUCAGAACUUCAAUGCGAACAAGCCUCCUGAAAAAAUAUGCAGUUUUCCAAACAGUGAUGAUAUAAUUAUAUGUUGUCCUGAUGAUAAUUUCAGUUCAUCAGUUACGUCUUCGACUACACAGAGGAUAAAUACGACACCAACAAGAAGAGUUAAUUCUGGUGUAGUACCUUUAAAUACUGAAGCUAGAAAACGACCGGCUGCAGAAAAAUGUGAAGAAUACUCAAAACAUGUCUACGCAUUGGAAAUCCCACCGAUUUUGACGGUUGAUCGACAACCCGUCAAUAUAUCGCUCUGUGCCAUCACGUCGAAGAAACUGAUAGUGGGUGGCACUCUUGCUGACCCGAAGGAAUUUCCUCACAUGGCUGCUCUUGGAUUCGACAAUGGUCCUGCAGGCAUAAAAUGGCAAUGCGGUGGCAGCUUAGUUUCUGAAAAAUUUGUAUUGACCGCAGCCCAUUGCACCUACAGCCGCGACUGGGGUGAACCAAAAUGGGUGAGGAUUGGAGAUUUAAACCUAAUAAAAAACAACGACGAUGCUCAGCCUGUAAAUAGAAGGAUUGCCGAGAUAAUUAUACAUCCACAGUAUCGUAAACCUUCAGAAUACCAUGACAUUGCUCUACUCAGAAUGGAUAAAACAGUCAAAUUUGAUGCUUACGUGAGACCUGCUUGUUUACCAAUUUUCCCUGACAUUCCUUUUAGAAAAGUUAUUGCCACUGGAUGGGGUCUUACAGAUAUAGACGAGGAGAAUGGAUCGGAUGAUUUGUUAAAAGUGACACUUGCUACAGUACCAACUGAAAUUUGUCAAGCGAGUUAUAAAAGAGACCGGACAACAUUCGAUCGGGGAAUUGUGUCCAGAUGGCAAAUUUGUGCAGGAGAAGUCAACAAAGAUACGUGUCAGGGAGAUAGCGGUGGGCCACUCUCAAUUUACAAUAAUGAACAUUAUUGUAUGUACAGCGUCGUUGGAGUUACAAGUCUGGGCAAAUUGUGUGGAAGUACAGUACCUGGCGUAUACACAAAAGUUUACAAUUAUCUUCCUUGGCUGGAACGUGUUAUUUGGGGACAGAGAUAAAUUUAAAUGACACUAAAGAAAAUUAAAUUAGUAUUAUUAGUGAAACAGAAUGCAAGUGAGAAGUAAUUGUUAUUUGGAAGAUUACAUUAGGAUGACUAAAAAAGAAAUCGAAUUUUUUUUCGGCACGCUCCCAUUUUUUUAGGUUUCCAAAAAAGUGAAUAACAAAAUGGGUAUACUCCGUCCUAAAGGUGAAAAUGUAUGAUAAAUUAUAGGCAAUACUUUAACGAUCUUUUGGAAACUCUUCAAGGAAUACGAAUCCAUAAUUAAUUUUUAAUUUCAAACCCAUUUCAAUCCCCAUUCCAACCCUCGAUUUCAAGAGUCAAAAACUACCACGUGCAAGUGCUAUUUUAUUUGCAUAAAAUAUCGCGAAAUUAGGAAUAUUUUAUGAAUGUUAUGGUGUAUUUAAUGAACUUGAAGAGCAUAUAUUUUUAUUUAAAUAAAUAUUAGAAAUAGGGGACUUUAAAGACCAAAUCUUGAAAAUAAGGAACUUUAGAGACCAGAUAUUGAAAAUAAGGACUUUAAGGGAAAGUUUUGGAAAUACGUUACUAUAAGGACCAAAUUUUAAAAAAAGGGGAAUUCAUAGACCUAAUAUUGAAAAUAGGGAUCUUUAGAGACCAAAUCUUAAAAAUAAGGAACUUUAGAACCUUGAUAAUAACGAGCUUUAGGAAACAAAUCUAAAAAAUAGCAGUUAUUAGGAAACAAAUUUUGAAAAAGGAGACUUAAACCUUUUAGGAGGAUUUCAACAAUUUUGUUUCCAUCAAAUAUCGCGAAUUCAAUUUAGUUUACAAACGUUAUGGUCUAUUUAAUGAACUUAAAGAGCGUGUAUUUUUACUUAACUAAAUUUUGAAAAUGGGUGACUUUGGGAAAUCAGGGUGAACGUUUAAAUUGAAAAAAAAAUUCCCGGUUUUUCCCUGGCUCGAAAACAUUUUUUCUGGUCAAUAAAAUUAAAAAAAUCGAACUCUAUUCU